UACUGAAAGUGCCGCUGUUAAACAAACACUGACAUCAAUUAGCAAACGCCGUGCUGACAUCAGGCAAUUUAACGAAACUUUACCUGAACGCAAAAUAGGUUGUAUCCACGGAGAUAUUGUACCAGAAGAUUUUCGGAUUUCAGGAGAAACGCAUACGCGCCGCUAAAAUCUGUUCUUUACACUGACGAUGAAGAUAAAUUUGUAAGAUGGAGGAGCAGCAGCAGGAGGUCAUUACCAGGCUGCAGAGGGCGUUCCGCUCCAGGGUCACGCGCCCGGUGCAGUUUCGCCUGGCUCAACUGGAGGCUCUUCACAGGCUUGUGGCCGAGAGCGAGGAUCAGAUCGUGGCAGCGCUGCACCAGGACUUGGGCAAGCCUAAGUUUGAGGCGGUGCUGUCUGAUAUCGAAAUGGUGAAUAAUGAGAUCGUCUUCGCCAUAAAUAACCUCCAGAGCUGGUUGCAGCCCGAAUACGUGGAAAAAAACCUGGCUACAAAGCUGGAUGAUUGUUUUGUUCGGAGAGAGCCCCUGGGUGUGGUUUUGAUUAUUGGGGCAUGGAAUUACCCUAUCCAAGUCACCUUGUCGCCCCUGGUUGCGGCAAUAGCUGCAGGAAACUGUGCAAUUCUCAAGCCAUCCGAAGUCAGCCAGGCAACAGAGAAGCUUUUGGCCAAGCUCAUCCCAAAGUACCUGUCUCAGGAAUGCUACGCUGUGUUGUGCGGGGGAGCUGAGGAAACCAAGAAACUGCUGGAGAAUCAAUUCGAUCACAUCUUCUACACAGGAUCCCAGCCAGUAGCUCGUAGUAUCCUGCAGGCUGCAGCAGUGCACCUGACCCCGGUCACUCUGGAGCUGGGGGGAAAGUGCCCCUGCCUCAUCUACGGGAACCUGGACAUCACGGCUGCUGCCAAGCGGCUGGCCUGGUCCAAGUUCUUCAACGUGGGUCAGAGCUGCGUGGCGCCCGACUACGUCCUCUGCACCACCCAGAUGCGGGACGACCUGCUCCCCGCCCUGCGGGACGCCCUGGAGGCCUUCUACACCUCGGAGCCCCAGAAGUCCCCCGACAUGGGCCGCAUCGUGACCGGCCGGCACUGGAAGAGGCUGAUCGACAUGCUGAAGAAGUCAGCCGGGAAGGUGGUGAUCGGGGGCCAGAGCGACGAACAGGAGAGAUACAUCGCUCCUACGGUGCUGGUGGACGUCCCAGAGGACGAUGUGCUUAUGGACGGGGAGAUCUUCGGACCCAUCCUGCCUAUCCUCACCAUCCAGACCCUGGAAGAGGGGAUCGAUUUCAUGAACCGCAGAGAGAAGCCUCUGGCCCUGUACGUCUUCUCCGACGAGUCAAAGGUGGUUCAGACUGUUUUGGAGCACACGAGUAGUGGGGGAUUCUGCUCAAAUGAUGGCAUAGUCCACAUGGCCCUUCAGGGCCUGCCCUUCGGUGGAGUAGGGACCAGCGGGAUGGGCAGCUACCACGGACGCUGGGGCUUCGAGACUUUCAGCCACAGACGGGGGUGCAUGAUGCGGAGCUGGCUGCUGGAGCCCAUCAACGUGCUGCGCUACCCCCCGUACCAGGACCGCAGCCUGGGCUGGCUGCGCUGGGCCACCACCGUCCGGAAGAAAGGGUGGGGGAGCUGCACCGUCAUGUGAUCACCUCCCGUAUCCCAGCAUGCACCUCCCCGUAGCCUUCCGCGCUCCCACUAUCCGGCUGUAAUGAGGUUUCAGGCCACAUGCUCUCGCUCACUACGGCAGGAGGAUUUCUCAUUUAAUCCUGAGGGUUAAUUGUGCCUGAAUAUACCGGUUGUUUUUUUUGUUUAGUUUUUUUCCUUUGGGAAGUGGGAUUUUUUUUUUUUUUCUCUGAUCAAUGUAACUGCCAAGUGAUUUAACUAUUUCCUACCUCUUUGUGUGCAAGGGUCACACAACCAGUUUUUUUAGACCCCUGAAUGCUUAGCGUGAAGACUUCCUCAGUCCGUCUGUUCAGUCUGCUGCUACUAAAAGGGCUGUUUCAUUGGACGACGCACUCCGCAUCUGCCUCUGAUUAGCCCUUGCAUAGGCUGCACACUGAAGUGUUAAGGGUGAGGAAGAUAACUUGCCUGUCAAGCCAGGGGUUUAAAUGGUGGAAAACUGUUACACUAGUUUAAAAUGCAUAUCUCUCUUAACCAAACUCCUAUGUUUCUGAGUCUCACUGGCACGCCUUGGUGUCUGGACUGCCUUUAUGGCUUACAAAUCUUUUUACUUGUGGACCACCAAGAAAAUACUGAAACGGUUUAAGAGACGAAGGCUCUGAACUUUAAUACCGUGUGACAAUGCUUUGUAGUGCUGUGUUCGUUACAUUGGCCGUGCCAGUCGUAGUUCAGUGUUUGAGCUGCAAAUCUCCAGAAUGAAUGGUGUGUACAGCAGCGCGUCCAGGUCCAGCGAGCUUCACGCCACGCGUCCAUACAUGGCUGAGUGACACUGCUACCGACGCCAAUUCCUACAAUAACUCGCGUGUUUGUUACCGCUUUUGCAUUUUGUCUUUUGUAAAGAAAAUAUAAUUUUAACUAAUAAAAAAAAUGUACUAUUGAUCAAUA